AUUUUGAUAAUAUUAAUUUAAAAACAUCAGAAAGAAAAAUGGGUUGCAACGCAUCUAACGCGAAAAAGGACAAGAAUGCGACUAAGAAGCCAGGACAGACCAGGGGUCCAAACAAGGCUAAUAGCAUGUCUAAGAAGACCCCAGGAGGAGCUGGACCAGGAAUGAAACCAGCUGCCAAGAGCAGUGGUGCUCCUGCUGAGCCAUUGGCUAAACCAGAGACCACAACUACUAAGAAUGAAGCUACCGUUAAGAGCGAUAAUAGAGCUCCAUCUGAAGCCAAGAAGAAGGAAGAGCCUAAGAAGGCUGUAGCAUCAGCUUCAGAGGAUGAUUCUGAAGAUAAUGAUAGCGCUUCUGACUCAUCAGACGCCGAUGAAAAUGAAAGCUCUGAUCAAAGCUCAGAUUUGGACUCAGAAGAAGAUAAAUAACUCUUAUUAAUAAGCCCUUUUAUUA